AUGUGGCAGAUCGGCAUCCCGUACGACCUGGUUGAACCCGUCAUGUGCAAAUCGUUCGGAGUUAACCUCGACGGAGCAGCUCAGGAGUGGCUCAUGAACAUCACCCCCGGAUCCAAAUCCCGCCUUUCAGAUCUCAUCAACGCCUUCUAUCAGCAGUUUGCCAGCAAUCGCCAGUUGGAGAAACAGACGAGUGACCUCUAUCGGUUGGCCCAAGGACCAACCGAGUCGGUACGCGAUUACUUUAACCGCUUUAAUUGUGAAAAAAUUAGUAUAAAAAACUGUGAUGUCAGGACAGCUAUCGAACCAUUCAAAAGAGGUCUUAUCCCCAACUCGGAAUUGUACCGGGAGAUUACCAAAUAUCCUUGUGCAACCUUCGAGGAGGUCAGAUCGAGAGCCACUGCCCAGAUGCGGAUCGAAGACGACGAGAUCACACGGUCGGCAGCACAGCGAUCAAAAGGGGGCAGCAGUGACAUGCGAUCGUACACCCCGAGGAACAACAGCUGGAGACACCAGCCGUACAAUCGCCAAAACCAGGUACAAAAUGUCAAUCAAUAUGAUUAUACUAACAAUGUUUACAACAAUGAACGGGUCUAUCAUCCCGACAUCCCCGAAUACGGCUUCAACGUCGACGUCGGAGGCGUCGUGAACGCCCUUCAAAAUGUAGGUGGAGCAGUCAGGUGGCCCCGGAAGAGCGAUAGACCAUAUUCCAUGAAAGACAUUAGCAAAUGGUUCGAUUUCCACCACGACAACAACCACAAAAUCGAGGAGUGCAUCUCCCUUAAAAAGGAGGUCGCAUUUCUUCUAAAGCGGGGGUAUAUUUGUGGACUAACCUCUUCUGCAGCCAAGAAGAUUAACAAGGGAGAAUCUGGAGCCGUCAACGAGGGGAAAACCGAGGAUGAGAUCGCACUCGACAAGUCCUUAGCAGCAAUGACUAUCACCUUCGACGACAAAGAUGCAGUGGACGCACAGCAGAAACAUCACGACGUAUUGGUACUAUCGCUCCCAAUAGGCAACGCCCUGAUCAAAAGGAUAUUGAUCGACAACGGCAGCUCGGAAAACGUAUUGUUCCUGGAAGCCCUACAGGAAAUGGGGUUUGAGGAAAAGAGCAUCGUCAGAAGAUCAACGGUCUUGGUAGGGUUUAGUGGAGAGUCGCUGCGAACAGUUGGAGAGAUAUCAUUGCCCACCUAUGCAGAAGGUGUCAACAUCAUGACUAAGUUCAACGUCGUUGAUUGCCCAUCGGCAUACAACGUCAUCUUAGGAAGACCGUGGAUCCACAAAAUGAAGGUAGUACCAUCGAUGUACCACCAAUCACUCAAGUUCCCAACCAAAUGGGGCGUCAUGGAGAUCAAAGGACAGCAAAGAGACGCAAAGAAAUGUUAUAAAACUGCACUAAAACCGUCAAAAUCCUCCAUCUAG